AGAAAAGAAAAAAGAAAAAGAAAAAAACUUAGUACAGAGCCUAUAAACGUCAUCAAAUGUUGUGUAACUUGUGUUGUGUUCUCCUAUUUUUAGGACACUCAAUGUGAGUGAAUCUGUUCUUAUCCAUAAAUAGCACAAACUAGUACUUAUCCCAACACUACAACUUCCCCAUCAGUCAACUUUUUCUUAAAAGAGAUAGAAAGAAAGAAAGAAAAAAUAGCCUUAUUUGAUCUCUCCAAUCCAAUGGAUCAACCAACAACUACUUCAAGAACUAACGAUCUGUCUUCAUGUCAAACCACAGAGUUCGAACAUGGUAAUCGUGAUGAUCACGGUCACGAUCAAGGAAAUAAUAAAGAUCAUCAUCAUCAUCAUCAUCAUCAUCAUCAGGGGAUGUUCAUGGCCAACAAUAAGUCUGGUAAUAAUAAUAAUAAACUCUCUUUAGAUCUAAAUCUCACAGGUACUACUGAUCAAAUUAGCUCCACCAUGGCUAAUGAUGAUGGUUUAAUCGAUGAUAAUAAUCAUCAAAAUGAUCAAGAGCUAAACCUCAUCGGUUCCUUGGCGGCGACGACGACGACGACUGAGCCUGGCAGAGUCUUCUCAUGUAACUACUGUCAAAGAAAAUUCUACAGCUCACAAGCGCUGGGCGGACACCAAAAUGCCCACAAGAGAGAAAGGACUCUAGCCAAAAAGUCAGGACAGAGGCUAUAUGGGAAUAGCAACGAUCAUCAUCACAUAAUGGCGGCCGCAGCAGUGUUCGGUGGUCACCACCACCCUUUCUUCAGUCGUAGCAGACACUGGUCAAGUAUGGCUUCUCUUCCUCUUCAUGGGGCUAAUAAUAAUAUAUACAGUAAUAGGUCUCUUGGGAUUCAAGCUCAUUCCAUGAUUCACAAGCCCAAUAAUAGUAAUAAUCACAAUAAUAUUAUGUACUAUGGACAUUUUGGAAGCUUGUCGUCUAAGUUGCCUCCUCAUAGUUUCGAUCAGCAACCAACGAUUGGGAAGCAUACGACAACAAAUGGGUUGUCGUCCAAGGCUAGUGCCGGCAGAUUUGAUAUGAGCGGUUCCAAUAAUAACUCUCAAACUGGGCUUGAUCAGAGACUACUUAUCAAUGGAUCAAGAUACUGGUGUGCAGCUGAUACCACUGUUACUGUUCACGAUCAUCAUCGGAAUGAGGAGAUCAAAAAGCUUGACUUGUCUCUCAAGCUUUAAUAAUUUAUAAUAUAUAUAUAUAUAUAUAUGUUUUAUCGACUAGUACAAAAUUAUUUUUCUUCAUCCAUAUCCUUAGGCUAUAAUUAUUUCCGAGUAGUCUUUAUUUGUUUUUCUAAUUUUGUUAAAUUCAGAUUUGUUUUGAAUUUAAUUUUCAUUUUCUUUUCUACAAUAAUGAGAUUAUGUAUAUUUUGGUCUUGGAAAUAUAUUAGACAAUUGGACUGUAGUCGUGUAUGUUCAUCAUCA